GUCGUCUCCGACGCAGCCUGGCCAGCUUGCGUACAUAGAACCAUUGUCGGGCGAGCUCAGUCCUUUUUAUGCGCUUUCACGUCCUAGGUGUCGGCUCCAUCGGAGGACUUCUCGCACAUCACCUACGGCAGACCCUUCCUCAAGAGCAUCCGGUCGUCCUCAUUCACAAGACUCUCGGACAAACCUAUGAUGCUCAGCGGAAAGGCAGCAUCAUCACCGUCGAGCGCGAUGGCGUUCAGCAGCAAUCUUCUGGACACAAAUCCGAGGUUUGGCGUCUCAAGACGCUGGCUGGAAUAGACAAGUGGGUUGCAAAGUAUCCGAGGUUGACAAAGACGGGUUCUCGCCGUCCGCGCAGGUUACACGAGCCAUACGCAGAAGCUGAGCAGGAUUUCCUUCCUUCUGCUUCCAUCGAGUCGUUGUUCGUCGCCACGAAAGCAGGCGGUGUCGUGUCUGCCAUAAAGGAACUGGUACCUCGACUACAAACCCACAGCACGAUCGUCCUUCUCAAUAACGGGAUGGGUGUAUACGAGGAACUUGUCUCCAAAGUUUUCCGCAACCCCGAAGCUCGACCUCACUUCAUCCUCGCGGUUAACAACAACGGUGCAUUCCUCAAAGACCAACUACACGUCGUGCACGCAGGUCCCGGCUCACUGCAGUUCGGUAUCGUUCCAGAUCCCAUGGGCCGUAAUUACGAGGAAAUGCUCGACGAUACUUUGGCUCUGCCAUUGGAUUCCAUCUCUAGCCGAGACGACCCCCAGUCUGAGCGAUAUAUAUCCUUACGAAAUACUGUCGCCGCGCUGGCUUCCCUCGAAGGCGUAGGCGCAUCGUGGAACCCCAUAUCGACCGUCUUACUCGCUAUGAAGCGCAAACUCGUCGUCAAUGCCGUCGUCAAUCCUCUCUCUGCGCUCAUGAACUGCCGCAACGGCGACGUCUUCCAGUCCGAUUACGCACGUCACGUAGCUCAGCGAGUCUGCCGCGAAGCAGGUCAAGCGUUCGCGGCUGAUCUACGCGCAGGUUUGGAUAUGACGCGGGCAACAGGGCAAGGACAGGAUGCCAUACCUCGCUGGAAAGGGAGGCUGGCUUUACUACCUGCGCCGCUAGAGCCGCGGGCCCUGGAAGAAGAGGUCCUCCGCGUAGCGCAUAAUACGGCUGACAAUGUCUCGUCAAUGCUUGUCGACGUGCGAAGGGGCAAGACGACAGAGAUAGAAUAUAUCAAUGGAUAUCUCACGCGGCUCGGUUGGGCCCAUAAGGUUCGGAUGCACACCACCGCCUCGUUAUACAACCUUGUCAAGAUGCGGCAAACCAUCCCCAUCGACAAUCUCCUGAGGCAUUGAAAGCGCACGCUACAUGUCUACUUUCCUACCCUGACACUCUUCUGCUCAUCUAUGGCUGCAUCGAUCCUCGCCAAAUGACAUAACCCCUUCCUCAUGUAACCAGAUCUGCGGCUCCUCAUUCAGCGUAUGGUCUCGAGGUCUAUCUCCGAGCGCCCCAUCGUACCGCUAUACUUUGGUGCCCCGACGUUAUAAGGAGCGGGUCCAGAGUACGGUACGCGGUAGCAUGACGUGAUGCUGCCGUAGUCGCUUCACUCAAUUAUUCCUCAACGAUAAGAGUGAACGAGCCCAGUAUUGUGCAGCGUCCCACUUGCUUUGGCCAGGCCGCCCUACAACCGCCAUUAACUUACGCCCCUAUCC